AUGGCUGGAGAUCGAUCUCCCGUCCUGCAGUUUGUCACAGUCAGCGGAGCCGCGCUUAGCGGUUCUUACCACAGCCUUGUAAGCAGUUCCCCUCGCUGGGCAAUUACUCGGGCGCUGGAGCAGGCCCGUGGCACAGCACGGAUCCGCUUGCAGAGAUUCCCUCCUUUUCGAUCGUCCCAACCAAAGGAUCGGGCACGUCAGCGGCUGCAGGCCAGGCUCGGAGCCAGCUGCGGGUUGGGAAAGCUGCCAGUUGGGCGGCUGGAGGAAGCCAAGGCCAGGGGGUCUCUGGGGCGCUUGCGGCCUGCUCGGGAGCAGCCUGGUAGCCCCUUCGCUGUGAACAAGCGCUGCUCGGAGCUCUCUUGGCGGGGCGGGCUUGCCGACACCCUUGUUUGCGAGCGCUUUGCCAGCAGGACCGCGGAUGGAGCAAGCUGGCCCCGAGGAUGCAGGAAGCUGCGGGGUGGGGGUCUUGGAAGCCGCUGGGGCGGGAGUUCGGCACGGCUGGGGGGAAUUAAGCUCUAUGAAUUGGAUGGAGACCCCAAGCGCAAGGAAUUCCUGGACGAUCUGUUCGGCUUCAUGCAGAAGAGAGGGACCCCCGUGAACCGGAUCCCCAUCAUGGCCAAGCAGGUGCUGGAUCUCUACACGCUCUAUCGGCUGGUGACCGAGAAGGGGGGGCUGGUGGAAGUCAUCAAUAAGAAGAUUUGGCGGGAGAUCACCAAGGGCUUGAACCUGCCCACGUCCAUCACCAGCGCAGCCUUCACGCUCCGCACACAAUACAUGAAGUACCUCUACCCCUAUGAAUGUGACAAGCGUGGGCUGAGCUCCCCCGGCGAGCUGCAAGCCGCCAUCGACAGCAACCGGAGGGAGGGGAGGCGGCAGACGUUUGGGGCCACCCUGUUCAGCUACUCUCCAGCGGGCACCCCGGGCACCCUCGCUUCUCCCAAGGUCCCUCUGCCCUCUCUUACCAUCGCCACCCACAACGGGAGCCAGAUCGGACAAGCACACGCCGUCAAAAAAGAAGAGAGCCUCCUUUCGCCCGGGGUGCCCAGCCGCAUCGCCAUACCCGUCAGCCUAGCCGGGCAUCACCUGGUGGCAGCACAAGCUGCUGCGUCUCAGGCAGCGGCCCUGGAGCAGUUGCGGGAGAAGCUGGAAACCAGCGAGCCACCUGAGAAGAAGAUGGCGCUGGUGGCCGAGGAACAACAGCGCCUGGUCCAGCACGCCCUCCAGCAGAACCUCCUGGCCGUGGCCUCCCAGUUCCCUGUCAACAUCAAGGUCAACAGCCGUGGAGAUGACAGGCAGGAAACGGCAUUGAACCUGUCCACCAACGGCAUUAGCAGUAUCAACAUGUCAAUAGAAAUAAAUGGAGUUGUCUACACAGGUGUGCUGUUUGCCAGACGAUCCGGCCUCCUGAGCACUGCGGGAGGCGCCCACAGCCACAGCAGCACAGGGAUGCCCCAGAGCCAGCUACUCUCCACGGCAUCGCGGGGACGUGCUUCGGCCAGCACUUCGCCCUGAGAGGAGAACCCUGCAGCCUGUCCUCUCCGUCCCGCGGGCAGCAGGCUCCACUCUUGCAUCCUGUGUUGGGGCCCGGGGGGGCAUCUGGAUUUUUGGUUCAGGGUGGCAAGGGGUGAGGCCCCCAGCCCCCAGCUCUGGAGGGGCACGGAAAGGGACUUCUGGGCAGGGCAGAGGACAGGAUGGAGAGGCACUGUGGCACUGGAGGAGGACAUAAGUUGGAGGAGAAAGUGGCAGAGUGAGCCAUGGGGGGGUCUAGCUGAACCAUCGUUAUGGCUUCUUCUCCUGCAUUGAUUUCCUUGGUUGCAGUUGGAUGCUGGGCGCCAGUUGGGCUCCUCCAAGGACACAGUGGUGGUUAGGAGUCUUCAACUGGGAAGGGGCUGCGUGCCCUUUCUUGCCCUCUCCUGUUAACUCACCAUUCUCUACCCCAGCAUACAUCAUGCUCUUAACAUGCCUCCUCCCCUCCCCUCCCCUCCCCCAGUCUUCACCACUACGGAGUCUUAUCUUAGUCUCGAUUUUGUAACCUCACCUCUUCCUCUCUGCACACUCACCUUAGGAUGCUUGGCUCAGCCUGUCGGUGGUUUGGAUUUGCUGCAAGACCCAACCUUCGAUAGCCAAACCAAAGAUCUUGGGGAGGCAUAUCUGUGUGAGUGUGAUAGCGGUGGGAUUAAAUCUCACUGUGCAUUGAUUUUGGUGACAGCUGCAUGGGACACCUAUGGGGAAAGCAUCUUAGAUCGAACAAACAUGGGUGGAAAAGUUCUUGGAAGGUACAGCAGACAUGUGAAUGAAUGUGGAGUUUAUGGGAUGAACCAAGGCAAGGGGUAAAGUGAAAGGUUUGAGGUGAAGGUAGAGGUGCUUCUUGAAUGGAGCAGCCCGGUCAAGAGGGGAGUGGGGUGUGUGGAGCAGAAGUGAGGUUUGGGGGUUGAGUUGCACUUGUCCCCAUCAAAACUGCUUUCCUCCUGUCUCGGUACCACAGAGUGGAGGCAACUGUGGCUCCAGAACUUCCAUGUUCUUCCUUGCUGCAACCCAACCACCUCUUCUCUCCCAGAUCCUCCCUGCCCAUGAUGGAAAAUGGUGUCUCCAUAUGGAAGCAAGCAAACCACCAAUCUUUUGGUUGCACUUUCAUUACAUUGCUUUUAGGGAGUGGGUGGGGUGGGGACAACCUCUUGCGGUGCUAAGGCAGCCCUUGUGGGGGCAGUGAAUUGUAUCUCCUUUGGAAUCUCUGGGUUUGGGGGAUGGGGUGGGGAUGGGGGAUUUAUUUUGUGCUAGUGCAAAAUGUAAAUGUACCAAAGAAGGGAGUGAGUUCAUCUACCUCAUGUUCUUUCAGAUGUGCCAAGGGGGGAGGGCUCCUGUGAGCUGACAUUUGGAUCCAACCCAGCAUGGGCUGGCUGUGCUGCCAUGGAUAGUGCAGAACGGGUGUGCCAGCUACAGCCGAUUCAGGCAAUGGCAGCUGGGCCAGAUUCUCCCUUCCUAUCUCAAUUUUCCUCCCCCAGCAAUUUGAAACAAUCAUGUGCUUGACCAAAGACACGCCCUUCGCUGGGCCUGAGUUGCACAACCGCCUGCUAUGGUCAAAUAUUGGUGGUCUGACCUCUGGUGUGGCAGAGGGACAACGCCGCUGCAUCGAAGGGACCUCUGGCAGCCCCGUAUCUGGAGAUGGACGUUACUGGGACUGUGUCUGGACAAAGGACCUUUGGGAAACCCUAACAUGGAUAGGAAUGUAGGGUUUGGAUGCUAUGUAGACUUCUGAUUUUUAAGCUCUUGUACCAAAGAUGGACUCAUUGGGCACUUGUUUUCCUGUGGCACACGAGGAAGGAGAAGGAAGUGGGCGAUUAUCUUCUUUCCACCCCCUGUGUCUUUGCAACUUUCUCAGCUUCUUCCUUUUCUGUGUUAAGCUGGUAGGGUUAGAUUCUCUUUUCCCCUUGAUGUAUGUGCUGCUUCCCCCACUCCCCUCCCCUCCCCUCCCCUCCCCUCCCCACAACCCUUCGUUCUUCUCUCUUGCUUGUUUGUUUCUCUCGACAUUUCUCUCCAUCUUUCUUGUAGGCUUCAGAGUCAAUCCAGGCACUGAGGGGAAGCUGGAUUGUGGCACUCAGGGGAAUGAAUGCGAGUAUC